CUGAACUAUGCUUAGUACAAGGGAAUACCCAUGAUGCCAUAGUUUUAUGGUAACUAUCGGUAAAGGCAAUAUGUGAAUACCUAUACUGGCAUUGUUUACUAGGAUCUCUGCAACGGACAGGAAAAACCUGGGAACUUGCCCCACAGAGAGUAAAAUUUACAACCCAGAGCCUAUGACACUUUUGUGAAUUCUUGUAAUAGAAAUGAUAACACAAGGGAGACUGAUGGAGGGCACAAGGCUUAAAUAUUUUGACGGAAAUCGAGCUAAAGCCAAUAACACAUUUUGCUUUAUUAUUGCAUUCAUACAAACACACAGGAUAAAUAAAAAAUUAUAAGCAAAUUUUCUUUUCAGGUUUAUGUUUCCUUCCAUAAGAAUGAGUGCGGCAGUAAUGUUAAGGGCAUAUGUAUCACAGCAUUUAGUUGCAUUUUAGUGGAAAGCAGAAAACACACUGAGAAAGAGUUCAUUGCUAGCUGUGUAUGGCCCAGAGUUUAUUGCCCCGGGCAAACAUUACACAGUUUGUACUUUGAAAAGCCGCUAGGAUCCAGAAUCCCAUUGGAAAGAUUUUCAGUGCAGACCUGGUAGCCAGUGUAACAGGGACACAGUAAGUAAGUAUUUAUCACACUUUCCCUUUACUUUAAAACAAAUUGGGGGUUUUUUUUUGCUUUUUUUUUGUUUAAACAUACUCUUUGAGGUUCAAUAGUUUUGUACAGAGCCCCCUUAGCUUCUAACUGAGUUAUGCUGGCAGCAAUAAAGUGUUUACCCCAAACUCACUCAAAAUCUACCUUGUACAGCCACUAUGAAGGGUCUACCUGGGGAGCAGCCCCAUAGUCUGGGACAAUUCAAUUUCUUGCAGGGCACUUGUGGGUCAAUCCUGUAGACUUAUUCUCUGAAAUGUGCUUGCAUCACACUACAUAUUCCUUUCCCUCCAAGCUGGGCAUAUGAUUUACUGGGCUGGUAAAGGGCACUCCCAACAUGGCCACAUUUGCUAAAUAUGUCUCCGAGACAGAGCUGCAGAACAUGGGUUCAGAAUCCCAGGAAGGACUUACUGCUUUGGAGGAAGAGGAGCCUACAGUGCUGGAGAAGUACGUCCAACCCUGUGUAGCAGAACUUCUAGGAAGCACCUUCUUCAUCUUCUCGGGUUGUCUUUCUGUGCUUGUAAACCCUCACAAUGCUGGCCCACUCCUCCCUGCUCUGGUUCAUGGAUUCACACUGGCAUCAGUCAUCUCUGUCCUUGGCAAUGUAAGUGGAGGACAUUUCAACCCUGCAGUGACUCUGUCUGUUGUUAUUUGUGGUGGCCUGACUCCUAUCUUGCUGGUGCCCUACUGGGUUUGUCAGUUAUCUGGUGGAAUGCUGGGCGCUCUCCUGGCAAAGGGCCUGGCAGAUCAAGAGUCAUUCAUCAAUCACACCGGAGCGGCCUGCAUGAUAGAUAGUGGGGAUUUAAUGGCCAGAGCGGUUGGUGUAGAAAUUGUCUUCAGCUUUCUCCUGAUUUUCACUGUGGUGAUGGGAGCAGUGGGUGAGCUCAGCAAGACUCCACUUGCCCCUUACUCAAUUGCCUUUGUUCUUACUGCCGGAAUAUUAUCUGGAGGCAAUAUAUCUGGGUCCUGUCUGAAUCCAGCACGAGCGUUGGGUCCUGCAGUGGUUGCUAAUUAUUGGGAUUACCAUUGGGUAUACUGGGUUGGCCCUCUGGCUGGGGCUCUUUUGGUUUCUCUGCUAUACAGGUUUAUUCUGGCAGGAAGAUCCCAUAGGUUGUUCCUAAAGUGAGCAAAGAUCAGUCAGUGAACUGAAUUCAUAUCCAGACAGACACUAAAGAAUCCCUAUGUAUUCCCAAGCUCCGAACCAGUGGAUCCCACAGUUGUUUUGCACCAAAAGCUGCUUGACCAUUUAACCCUUUUCCAGUUGCUCUGAAACCCCAAAUCUACAGUGCAAACGAGGUGCAAUAUCUACAUUCUGUUUUGCUGUUUGAUACUCCAUAAAGUCUUCUGGGAGGCCUUUUUACAUGCAUUUGCCAUCUGUCCCAUACAUCAAAGCCAUGAGAUCAAAAGCAAGAGUCCAGUGCCAUACCUUAUACAAACACACCAGAAUGGGUUUCACUGCAUGAAGACCAGAUUCAUGGAAUAGACUGUUUAUAACUCUACCAGCUUCAAACUUAAAAUCAUUAUAAACCAUCUCCUGAGUGACAACUGCUAAACUCUGUACUUACCGUAUGGGAGCUAUACUGGCCAUUUGUGACCUUUGCAAACAUCUCGUGCUUUGAAAUAAUUUGUCUUCUAAAACAUAUGUCAUAUCUGAGCCUCAAAUUAUUUCUUCAUAAUCUGGUCAACAGAGGGUGCUGUUUCUUCCUUUCUAAUGUGUGGAUGCUCAUCAAAGUUAUCAUGGCUGCUCCCACUAAAAAUGGAUAAACACAAAUAUGCAAAUAAAUAAGUUUCCCUGUGAGAAUACGAUGUAUGUAUAUGUUUUAGCAAAUAUGUACAGGAAAAUAAAGUAUAUUUGAAACUCUA